UCUGGCCACGCCCACUUCCGCCGUCUCCCGUCACGUGAUCGCUCCUUCUUCUCGACCGCCUCCGCCAUGACUGCACGACUCAAGAAGACGAGGAAGCUGAGAGGUCACGUGAGCCAUGGCCACGGCCGGAUAGGCAAGCACCGCAAGCACCCUGGUGGGCGCGGUAAUGCCGGCGGUCAGCACCACCACAGGAUCAACUUCGACAAAUACCACCCCGGCUACUUCGGCAAGGUCGGCAUGCGCCACUACCACCUCAAGCGCAACCAGCUGCACUGCCCCACGCUCAACGUGGACCGCCUGUGGACGCUGGUGAGCGAGCAGACGCGGGCCGCCAGCGCCAAGCUGCCGGAGGGCACCGCACCCGUCAUCGACGUCGUCAGAGCCGGUUACUACAAGGUGCUGGGCAAGGGCCGUCUGCCCAAGCAGCCGGUGAUCGUGAAGGCAAAGUUCUUCAGCCACCGCGCAGAGCAGAAGAUCCGUGCAGUGGGGGGAGCCUGCGUGCUGGUGGCUUAGACACUGGCCGUGUACGCACUCACACAGCGUGUGCACUCACACCGCGUGUACAUGGAGCAGUUGCACUCACACACAGCGUGUACACACAUGCACUGUCCACAGACCGUGCACACACCCAUACAUACAGCUUUACACACCUAUGCAGUGUACUCACACGUGUGUAUAUCGUGUAAACACACACUUGCAAACGGCACCACCCACAUACACAGGAGUGCUCACACAAGGUUCUGAAUAAAAAUGCCCAGUUGCUUUA